AUGAGGCUCUCGAGCCGCGCAAGAGCGCAGGGCCCCAUUGGCUGGAAAGCCUUUGAGCUGGGAGCCCUGAUUGGCUGAGGGGCCUGAGGCGACAGAUUCCGGAAAGGGAAAGAGCACCCAACAUGGCGGCAGAGCGCGGCGCGGGCCAGCAACAGUCGCAGGAGAUGAUGGAGGUUGACAGGCGGGUUGAAUCAGAAGAGUCGGGCGAUGAAGAAGGGAAGAAGCAGAGCAGCGGGAUGGUGGCAGAUCUCAGCGCACACAGCCUGAAGGAUGGAGAGGAGCGGGGGGCGGAGGACCCAGAAGAAGGACAAGAGCUGCCUGUGGAUAUGGAGACCAUUAGCCUGGACAGAGACGCAGAGGAUGUUGAUUUGAAUCAUUAUCGCAUUGGAAAAAUUGAAGGAUUUGAGGUGCUGAAGAAAGUGAAGACUCUCUGCCUCCGGCAGAAUCUAAUUAAGUGUAUUGAGAACCUAGAGGAGCUGCAGAGUCUUCGCGAGCUGGAUCUUUAUGACAACCAGAUCAGGAAGAUUGAGAACCUGGAGGCACUGACAGAGCUAGAGAUUCUAGAUAUUUCUUUUAAUCUACUGAGAAACAUUGAAGGAAUUGAUAAGUUGACACGACUGAAGAAGCUCUUCUUAGUCAACAACAAGAUCAACAAAAUUGAGAACAUAAGCAGCUUGCACCAACUGCAGAUGCUGGAGCUGGGGUCCAACCGGAUACGGGCGAUUGAAAAUAUCGACACGUUAACCAACCUGGAGAGUUUGUUUUUGGGGAAAAACAAGAUCACUAAGCUUCAGAAUCUGGACGCACUCACCAACCUGACCGUCCUCAGCAUGCAGAGCAACCGGCUGACCAAGAUCGAGGGCCUGCAGAGCCUGGUGAACCUCCGGGAGCUGUAUCUCAGCCACAAUGGCAUCGAGGUCAUCGAGGGCCUGGACAACAACAACAAACUCACGAUGUUGGACAUUGCAUCAAAUAGAAUCAAAAAGAUUGAGAAUAUCAGCCACCUAACAGAGCUGCAGGAAUUCUGGAUGAACGACAACCUCCUGGACUGCUGGAGCGACUUGGACGAGCUCAAGGGCGCCAGGAGCCUGGAGACGGUGUACCUGGAGCGGAACCCUCUGCAGCGGGACCCGCAGUACCGGCGGAAGAUCAUGCUGGCCCUGCCCAGCGUGCGGCAGAUCGACGCCACCUUCGUCAGGUUCUGAGGCCUGCUCCUGCAGAGCCUCCCGGCCACGGUUUUAAUCCACCCAUCGCUCCUGCAGCGUCACUGUAUCAGCAGUCACAAACCCAAAGGCAAUAAAAAGGCACCGAGUGAA